AUGUCCUCGGGCACAUUUGCUUAUGUGGCAGUCAAAGCUUCAAUACAUGCCUCAGACAGUGCAGUUUUUGGUUUGAACGAAGCUGAAAUCAAGGCUCUUGUAAAAAGGUUUUCAGACUAUCAGAAGGAAAUUAUUAAUGGGGUAUUACUAAAAGCAGCCCCUUUGGAGGUUGUUAAUGCUUUGGGACAAUUAGGCUAUAGGGUAGUGGCCACUACAGGAGAGGCUGAAGUUAUAUGGACCAUGCAAAGAGACAUUUAG